AUGUCCUUGAGUCAAAACCUUGGGCAACAGGAGACAGGUGUCACGAAAGCGGGGAAUUCGAGCUUCAAUCGGGCAACCCGUGAUCACUAUGACGAAGGCGCCUGGGCGAUGACGCUUUUCAACUCCAGCGCUCAUGAGAUUAUCAUCAGCCCUGACCCUGCUGACCGCAAACGACGAGAAGAUGAGCCGGCUUUCAUUCGCCCGUCUCAGGAGAGCACAUAUUUAGGCGGAUUGUUGACAAUACUUCAAUCGAUCCCUCUCGCAAGGGAGGCUCUUCUCCUGCGAAAUCGAUCUCUACCCAACUAUGGCCACGAUCCUCAAUGGUGGAAUGGGCAGCCGAUCAAUCUACCCAAAAUAGUAACCAUGGUAGAUGCGCAGGAAGGCGAUACCGACUGGGAUGAUAUCAUUUACGAAGCUCAGAGGCUCGUGGCAUUCUUGGAUAGCACGACGCGUGCUUUUGGAAGUCCCGAUGCGUUGGCGGGUUUGAAAUGCAUUUCCCAGUACGAUCGCGAAAGUGCCGUUCCUAGGUUCUUGGAGGCAUGGCAAGAAGCAGCAGUCCGCGCGGAUCCAGGAAAUCAGCUGGGGACCAUAUUCUCGUCGACUGGCUACAGAGAACCGCUGACAGAAGAAGACAACAUGGACCAGAAGGAGUUUCUCGUACUUGAACCUUUUGUGGAACACGACCCUGGCCAGACACUCUAUGACGUUCUUGAUCGCGCCUUGUGGUGCGAUAGAUUAGAUCAGCCGCUCGCUGACAUUUGGCUUGAAAAUGUGGCUGAGGUACUCGUUAUGAAGCUCGGAGGCUCACAGAAGCCCGUUGACGUGAUCAUCCCCUCUGUGUUUUAUGCAGACCGGUACCUGGCACAAAGCAGAGAGGUUGCCCGCGAUUUUCGCACACGGCGACUCCAAGCUUAUGAGAAGAUCGACAAACUAGACAGGGCCAUCAAGCGCUGCUCGCAAUCUAAAUUGACCGCCCAGACAGGCAUGACCUCAAGAGACGUCCUCGAAAAAGCAGCCUCUGCUAUAACCACGAAGUUCGCUGAUUCAGCUCCAGCUGACAUGGCUAUUGAAGAUGUAGCGAAUGAAUUAAGAGCAAUGUCGGCCAGGAUAGAGAAGCAGCUGAAAGGGCUGGAGGACAAAAGACAAAAUAUUAAAGACAGCCUGCGGGAUUAUUCCAAAAUACUCACAGAAGCUUCGCCCGAUGCAGAGCCACACUAUAAAUACACUUUGCGUGGUGUGUGCACUGAGCCCCAUGUGGCCUACGUCCUCAGACGCCGUGAUCAGAGCGGGUCAGAAAACAAUGAACAUACCACCACAGGAGAAUAUCAAUGGUGGCGAUUCAGCUUCUCUACUGAGGAUGCGGCCAUUCGUAAGGCGGAGUCGCUAGGACGAGACAAAAAUGACUCUGACCAGUCGGAUAUUAUCGGAUACACCGCGCGCAAAGUUGACGAGGCCCAGGUGCUCAAAGCAGCUUGCGAAGAGUCGAACCAGGUUCUGCUUAUCUAUGCCAACAAUAAUGCAAUGAGUAUCCGAGAGGAACCAGUUCCUGCUGGAUUACAGGAAUUCGUGAGGCGGGAUAAUGAAGCAUUUGAGUCAGAGCUCCAGGACGCGGAAGUGACAUACAGAGAUACAGGCAUCGCUGACACCUAUGGGCAGCCAUCGCCAAACCCCGAGCAGGGCUAUUCGACGCAGAAUGUCAACGUCUUCGACUACCAGGUACCCUCUUUCAAUGAGACAGAGGGGCCGGGCCAGGAGAUGCAAGAGAGAGAUGGGCGACCAUUGCUGAGCCGUAGCAGCACAGCUGGUCCUGUGCAACCUCCCUCGGAUGCCGAAAUGUGGGAUGCGGUCGACGACAAGGCGACAUAUCAACCACAAGUCGCGUCACCAACCUUCAACAAACCCUGCCUCAUGACUCUCGAUAAUGACACAGUGGCUAGCGCCACCAUUGAGCUCCUGGAGACUCGCCUCCGACGCCUCACAUACCUGCUCACCGGCGACGCCAACUGGACCGGCGAACCAACGCCGCCCGCAAAGCCGGCCUCUCUAAGCGACAGCAUUUCCAGUCGGCUUCUUCGCCUCGAAAAGGACCUCGAACAGCUGAGUCGGACCACCCCUGCCGUCAGGGACGUUCUUAGCUUACAUGCCCGCUUCCCUGAACUCUUUCACCCAGCUCCCCCCGGCUCCCUCCCAGAGAAUCUGACCACGCAGAACCUGGCCUCAGUCGUCCUGUCCUACGCCUCCGCGUACCCCGAAACCGCCUCCCGGCUCUCCUCGUUAAACGACCUCCCCAUCCCCGACGCGGAGGCCUCGGCGUCCCUGAUCCAACUCCAACCCCGGCUCGACCAGCUAUCCAGGAUACAGGAUGAACAGGCCCGGCAGAUCUCGGAGUUACGCGUUCGGUCGGCGAAGGCGUUGCAACGGUGGUAUGAGGUCGCGCUGGUCAGCGGCGGCGAAUGCUGGGCGGAAUGGGAAGGAAGGCUGGAGGAUGUGGAGAGGGAGGUGAGAAGGGAAGAGGUGGUUCGGGAGAGAAGGGAGAAGGAAUUGUGA